CUUAUCUAUACUCCAUUAUAUGAUCCCCGCACGGGGAAAAAUAAACACUUGAAUUUCGUCUGCUGAGGUGGAAAUGUUACUAAAUUUUUUGUCACUCUUCUUAACCAUUAAUGUGACAUUGAGCCUGUUGACAUUGAGAGGCCCAUAUAACCACACUGCAGUUGUACAGGACAAUGUGACGCUCAGUUGUAAGCUGUUAAAGGAUGGGGAAACAAUAGUCAAUUUUCAUGAAGUGGGAGAACCAUAUAGACUUGUCUGGAAUUUUACAGGAGUAGGAGAAACAGAACCUAGGACAAUUCAUGAAGUGUACAGCAAUGGAUUAGCCUUACCCACCUCCUCUGUAAAGUACAACAAUACUCACUACCAAAGUGACUUUGACACUUCUCUUCAUAUCUUAAAUAUAACCUUCUCAGAUGCUGGAACUUAUUCCUGUUCUCUUAAUAAUGAGAACAAGGCAUUUGAACUGUAUGUAAUAGAAAAACCUUACUGCCAUAAUUACAACAGUAGUGUGGUAGUUAACCAGCAAGCAUAUUUUGACUGCAGUGUGAAUUUUCAUGGAAACAAUCGACCUGAAGUGAGUUGGAAACAUGGCAACAGAGGGCUGAAUUUCUCUGUUGAUUUCGAAAAUGAAACAUACACAUUAGCUCGUAUGUCAUUGAAUGCUUCAGAGGAGGAUGAUGGAAAGGUGUUCAUAUGUCAUGUUACAUUUCCUUAUGUCCAUAAUGGUUUUAUCUGCCAAGCUCUCCCAAAGCUGAAAGUUUAUUUUCCUGUGAAGGAGACAGAUAUAAUUCUUAGUCCAUACAAAAAGGUGUAUGAAGAGGGAAGCAACAUUAUUCUACGUUGUGUUGCCAUAGGAGAGCCCCACCCCCAUUACACGUGGACAUUCACCCCCCUUUCUGACCCUCUCAAUGAAUCUGUGAGGUCUACCCAUCCAGCUUACAAAAUCGUCAAUGCCCACAGAAAUGACAUUGGAAACUAUACAUGCAUUGUUCACAAUGAAAUUAAUCAUACAAAAUAUACAGAUACUAAGAUUGUCUUCUUGAAUAUAGUAGAAAAUAAAGUUACAACUGUAAAACCUAAGUACAGAAUGAUGCCAAAGCCAAUGGAGGACAAAGGUGAUGGAGACAUUAACUUCAAUGCCUAUGCUGUAGGAGCUGUUGUCAGUUCACUGUUAGCCAUUCUGUUGAUUGUAGUCUUCAUCCUGCUGGCCAUCAAAUUCAGGGCAAGAGAGAGGAAAUACAGGGAAGGAAUGUCCCUUGUCCAGGAUGAUUUUACAGAUGAUCAGGAAUUGUUAGAUGAAGAUAUGAUAACACCAAAUGGAGGAAAUGAGGAGGCCCAAGGUCAGUACAGGAGACUUGGUCAGUAUUGGGAAAUCCCCAAGAGAGAUGUCCGUUUGAUGGACCUUAUUGCUACAGGGUCAUAUUGUGAAGUCUGGAGGGGCAGGAUGAGGAAACACUCAGACAGUACAGAUGUUCUUAGGGUGGCCAUCAAGAAAAUGCUAGAUGAUGCAUCAGAAGUGGGCAGGAAGUUCUUUCUGGCAGAAAUGGAAGUGAUGAAAACAUUGAAGGCUCACAGUAAUGUGAUCACCCUUAUUGGAUGCUACACAUUAACUGAACCUUGGAUGCUGAUGCUGGAGUAUGCACAUGAGGGAACCUUGCAUAAAUAUCUGCAGAAACAUAGACCUGGUUCACACCGUGUAGAGAUUCAAUCCCAGGAGAUGGUCAGGCUUAAGAAUAACAAGAUAGAUGCCAAGAAACUCCUGUCUCUGGCUUCUCAGGUCAUCAGUGGGUUACUGCAUUUGACAAAAUAUAAGCUCCUGUACUACCAAUUGUCUGUAUCCAGUGUCCUUGUGGCAAAGGGAGGAGUGUGCAAGUUAUCAGGGUUUAUGUUUCAGAAAGAAAUAACAGAAAGGAAUUUGUAUGAAAAGGAAUCUCUACCUGUUCGCUGCAUGGCACCAGAAUCUUUAUCAGAAAAUAUAUUUGAUACAAAGACCGACACAUAUGCCUUUGGUAUUCUGUUGUGGCAGAUUAUACAUUUUGGAUUAAGGCCAUAUCCCUCUAUGGACAUUGAUGAAGUGAAAGAGAAAGUUCUCUCAGGAUACCGCAUGUCUCAGCCUCAGCACUGUAGUUCUGAACUGUUUGCUAUAAUGGAGAGAUGUUGGAGUGUAAAUCCAGAUGAGAGACCCCUGUACCCUGAUAUCUUACAAGCCCUCUCUGUUUUACAAAUCAACAGUGACGCAAAUAUUGUUCUAGAGGACCUUCCAAUCCUGUCAACCUCUGAGGGUGAGACUGAAACUGAACAUAAUCCAUAGAAAGACACAAGGAUUACAUAAUUUGUAAGGAUACUCAAAUGUUUUAUGAGGCACUCAAAUUGAACUUGAUUUUUUAUUUUGAAAAUACAUUUGCUAUGGACACAAAGAUAGUUUUAGCUCACAGGAGCCAAAGGCUGAAGUGAGCUUUUCUGAUUCAGAGGUGUCCAGAGUCUGUCUUUUGGUCAUGUGAAUUUUCACAUUUUAUACUUCUCCUCCAGAAAAAUUUUGUGUAUAUCUCAGUACUUGGGGUCACAAUGGGAUGUCAACGUUUUAUAUGAGAAAGUACAGUCAAACCUUGUUAUCUUGAACUUGAUGGGACUGAGAAAAAACUUCAAGAUAUCUGAUGAUUUGAGAUAUCAAGGGUAAAAUACUUAAAGAAUAGAUGGUUGGGACUUCCAAAUCACUUUGACAUAUCCAUGGUAUUCGAGAUAUCGAAGUUCAACUGUAUGUAUAAAAAGUUUCUUCCUAAGAACAGUAAGGUCUAAAUUAAUCAAGGAGAGAGAUUUUUUUUUUCAAAAGAUCAAUGUUAACAAUCAUAUUAACAUAUGUAGAUUCAAUUUUGUUCAAAUUAUUGCCCCUUACACUAGGGUGUCACAAUAUAGGGUCAACAUUUAAUAUGGAAUAUUUUUAAGUUUUCUUAAGUAUAUAAUAAUAUAUAGGAAAAUCUUAAAAUCUUUUUUUUUUUCAAAAAUGGCAGGGCCUCAAUUAAUCUACAAGCAUCCCCGUGUAGUGUAGAAUCAAGUUUGUUCAAAUCAUGGACCUUUUGCUGGGAUUGGACCAAAUAGUGGGUAAAAAAUUUACAUAGGAAUACAUUGAAAAUAAUAUAUACAGGGAAAAAAAAGAAACUAUAAAAGACAUCUAAAGAACAGCAGAGCUGUCAUUAGUAAAAUAGAUAAUUAAAGCAUCCCUGUCUAUUGUUGAUAAAGAUUCUGUACAAGUCAUGCCCUCUGGAUGGGGUCACAGUAGGUAUUAAGUUUUGCAUGGAAAUAUUUAUUAAAAGUUUUCUCAAGAAGAGCCACUCUUCUUCAUACCAAUAUGCAAACAUCUUGAUGUAACGAUUCAAAUUUCUUUAAAGCAUGGCUGCAGGGUCUAGAUUGGGGCUUCAGAAGGGAACAAAGUUUCAUACAAAAUUAUAUAUACUAGAUCACGAAGUCUGGAAUUUGUAAAGUUGACUUCGAGACUCAUAUCAUGGCAUAAUAUUGUUGAAAUCUUUGAUGCCAGUUUGGUGAUCACAAUCAGGGCUUUCAAUGGUCUGUGUAUACUUAUUUAUAAGGAAGCAAUUGACUCAGAUGAGCAUUGUGGCCCAUGGGCCUUUUACUUUGUGACAGUUAUUUGAUAUUUAGUAUGAAACUUUGAUUAGAGUAAAACCUGCAGAUCUCAUGGUGCAAUCACAAAAUACAUUUCUGUUGUAAUUACAGAGGUUUAACAAAUGAAUUGAAAUAACUAUGAAUUAUACACUACAUUUACUAUAGAAAGUAUCACAUUAUGCUUGUAUUUAGAUCAUUAUUGUGUACCUUCACAUUUUAAGUGCAAUUUCUAAAAGAAAGUUUAAGAGAACUCUUUCAACAUAUUAUGUAAUGAAAAACAGAAAGUUUUCAUAUUGGCAUUGGGAAUUUUGAAAAGAAGAAAUAUUUGUAUGCAUAAUACUUGAUCUCUUAGUAUCUGAAUCACCUUUCCCGUCCACUUCAGAAUAAUAAAACUAGAAUUUUAGCUAUAUUUUUUAUUUACAUGCACAUAUCAAGAAUUAACCCACUUCCAAAUAAACAUAUUUUGUCUACUGACAGUAAAUUUUAUGUUCUUAUUAGGUAUCAUUAAUCUGGAAAUUUUCACAUCAAUUAAUUUUUGCAAAUUCAGAUCAAAAUGCUACAUAAUUACGACUUUUUAUGUUUCUAAAUUUUGCAAAUUCACAAAGUGCUUAAAAACAUUAACAAUUUAGACCAGUGAUAAAAUCAUUU